AUGCCGGGUACAAUAUACCACAGCUCUAGAGGUGCAAUGCCCCUCGAAGGCAGCCCAACACAACCCUUCCCAAUCGACGAACAACUCCUACGCUCAGACUAUGUCCCAACCGAGGACGAAAUCAAACACCAAUCACAAGGUCUCGAAGAUGAUUACGCCAAAUUUGAUCAAAUUCCACAAAUUCUCGAAGACUCCGGGAGAAUGGAAAGAGGGUGUGCGGAACGUAUCAGGCUGCGUGAAGCAGUUCUCUCUCCAAUCCGCCGUGUACCUGUCGAGUUGUGGCGGGAAAUCUUCUCAUUAUUUUGUUUUUCAGGAGACCAGUACCUCAUCUCGCUUUAUAGCGAUGAGAGGGACAUUCCGGGAACCGCCGAGCCUGACAACUCUAAGGGCUACUACACUUACAAGAAAGAGAAUCAUAUAGGGGUCAACGCUCGCCCUUACACUCUACUUAGCGUGUGCGCUCACUGGCAUUCUAUCGUCACCGGAAUCCCAAAACUCUGGUCGUCGAUCCGGAUAGCUGGACAUUUCACCCUAGACCUUUCCCCCGCACUCGAUUAUCUUCUAUCCAAGUCUGGCAACUCCCCUUUGACUAUCCACAUAUCCUCCACAUACCCCCUGCAACAUCUACACCCCGACAACAGAGAUAAUGCUAUUCAAAGCAUAAAAUUUCUCGCAGCUCAUGCUCUCCCCCGAUGCAAACGCUUUAUUUUCGACCGUUCUUGCUGCGGAUUCAUGUCGUGUGAAAGAAUAUGUCUAUCGUUUCCUGCAUUAGAAUCAUUGGAGACAGGAAUCCCUUAUUUGUCCCUAAUAAAAGCACCCCUCCUUAAUCAUUUGAAGAUUUCACAUAUCGAUGAGUCACCGAAUGUUAUCAGGUUUCCUUUGGCUCGCCUGGUGUCUUUGGAAAUCACAAACAAGGUCACUCUACAAUCCCUCGUUCUCCAAAUUCUUCCUCUUUGUUCGGCUCUCCAAUCCCUGAGCGCACCGUUCCGGUUCGCUGGUAACCUAUACAUGAAUGGCAUUGUUUUCCCGGACAGUCCAAAAGAGAUCUCGUCCCUCCAAAACCUACAGAUCCAAAUUACGGACUUCCGACAAGACCUCACCUUUCUUUUCAAACACUUCGAUCUCCCCAACCUCUCCUCCCUCGAAAUCGAAAUAUCAGACUCAUCUGUUUUUAUUCCCCCCGUUACACUGGCAAGAGGUUCCGAUUUUCAAGUUCCUACAGCCUUUUACCGGUCGGUGUCGGGUUUACGGAAGCUGAAAUUACUUUUCGGGGAGAUCCAAAACCACAAAUCUUCCCUCAACCACAUCGCGGAUCUUCCCGGAGUGCUAACGGCAAUGUCGUCGUUGACUUCCUUGAAAGCUCGACAACAAGGAUUGUCUAACCCACAACUGAACAGUUUAGAUGCCCUCCUCAUUCCGUUGAUCGUUUCCCCAGAUAGCAUAAUGGGCACAAUGGUUCCCAAACUAUCUACCCUAUCCAUUUCUUACAACGCCCUUCCUUGUUUUAAAUGUAAACCGACCUCUGAAGUGGCGGCAUUCAAGAGGAACAUACUUGCUAUGGCUGAAAGUCGGGUACAGUAUACCCAACUUGCCGAAUUACGCUUGGACUACCCAGGGUUUGAUACCCCCUGCGGAUGCGGCUGCUAUGACUCGGGAAUAUCGAGUGUCUUCGAGGAGUUGGAGGAAGGAGUGAGGGCGUUGGGAAAGUAUGAGUUAAAGUUUGCAGGUAGAAAGCUUCCGAUAUCGGUCUUAUCCUCAUAA